GGAGGAAGAGUAGCAUGUGAGAAGUGAAUCGAAAAGAAAACUAACGAAAGCGCGGUAAAUUGAAAGUGUGUCGCGUAACUCACAAAGUAUCGUGUUAAAUUGUUAAAAUAUUUUGUACCUCGUUAACUGGUAUAGUGAUUGUCGUCGUCUCUUUCUAAUAGAGCGUACCGCGAGGACGUUGGCACGUGAAAGAUUCCAAACGAAAAGCAAUUUCAUCGAGUAACGUCGUUUUCGGUGUCGUGCGAUUGCAACGAAUUACAUAAUCGAUUGACGAAGAGAAAAAGAGACAGCAAGACACGCGUAAAGCACAUCGAGAAUGACCUUCGCAGCCAUCUCGUUCGUCUGUCUAUCGUCGAGGGAGAAGAACCCAGAGAUAAAGUGGUACGCGAUUUAAUUAAUAACUUGUGGUAAUUGUCAGACGGAAAAAAGGUGAAAGAAAAGGAUGCGAUACGCGUGCCAGAAGAGAUGAUUUUAGCGAGACGACGUUCUAGCGAGAAUAUCGGUGAGAUCUUCUUCUAAAGGAACUGCAGUUGGUUAUGCCGUGUUUCUCAGCACAGCAGGUGUAUCGUGAGAGAUGACAGUCACUUAUACUGCCGAAGUCGCUACCUGCAGAGGUCUCGGUUGCUUCCUAAAAUUACUCCUAAGAUGGCGAGCAAGCGUGUACAAGCUCGUCUGGUUGGACCUAGCACUUUUCCUCUUCAUAUAUUAUUCGCUGUCGAGUAUUUACCGGCUGAUAUUGGACGAAGAACAGAAGAAGAUAUUCGCGGCCAUAGUAGCGUACUGCAACGCGUACAGCGAUCUAAUUCCGCUGUCUUUCGUCCUGGGCUUCUACGUCAGUAUUGUUAUGACCAGGUGGUGGAAUCAAUACAUGGUGAUACCGUGGCCAGACUCAAUCGCGGUUUUCGUGUCAGCCACUAUUCACGGCAACGACGAGAGAGGUCGACUAAUGCGCCGAACUAUCGUCAGGUACGUGUGCGUUUGCUUAACGCUAGUACUGGCGAUGGUCUCGCCCCGUGUGAAGAAACGAUUCCCCACGUUAGAGCACUUCGUAGAGGCGGGUUUGUUGCUGGAGAACGAGCUAGUCAUAUUCGAAAGUCUGAACACAAAGUUUCCUAAGCCCAGCAAGCAUUGGUUACCGAUAGUAUGGGCGUCAAGUAUUGUGACAAGAGCGAGGAAGGAGGGCCGGAUUCGUGACGACUUCGCCGUGAAAACAUUGAUAGACGAGUUAAAUAAGUUUCGCGGCCUCUGCGGUAGCCUCAUGCACUAUGAUACUAUUAGCGUUCCUUUAGUUUACACUCAGGUAGUUACGUUAGCUGUGUAUACGUACUUUUUAACAAGCGUGAUGGGUCGGCAGUCGGUGACCGAUGCAUCGCCGAACAUCGAUAUGUAUUUUCCAGUAUUCACAACGCUGCAAUUCUUUUUUUAUAUGGGUUGGUUGAAAGUAGCCGAGACUUUGAUUAAUCCGUUCGGAGAGGACGACGAUGAUUUUGAAGUCAAUUGGAUAAUCGACAGAAAUUUGCAGGUAAGCUACCUUAUCGUCGAUGAGAUGCACCACGAGCAUCCGGAAUUAAUCCGCGAUCAAUAUUGGGACGAGAUCUUCCCUGCGGAACUUCCGUACACGGCGGCAGCGCAGCCCUUCCGCGAGGAGCAUCCGGAGCCAUCCACGGCUAGAAUUCAGUUAUCCGCGGCGCAGCAAGAACUUCAACCAUCUUCGGUCAGGAUUGAUGAAAUGGCAGGGGACUAUCAACAGAAGUUCCGCCCUGACAUGGCCGACGACGCCGCGUCUGGUAUACACUUCAUAGCGACCGGGAAAAUGUCAAGGAGCGCAACCGAGAGUGGUAAAAUAGCGAGAAGCGCUAGCAGAGUAAGCAAUCGGGACCGUACCAUGAGCGGAGGCUCCACUCCAAGCAUCAUCGGAGAGUCUCUACCAAGAGUCAACAGCGUCACCAGCGUGCUGAAACGAUUAUUCAGUAAAGACGAUAGACCAGAUGGCGGUACAUCAAGUGGGACUAAAACACCUGGAAGGCUUGCAUCUUCUAGUUCGGCCGCUUCGCUACAAAAUAGAGCCGUUGCAGGAGGAGGCUCGAUGAGGAUCGGAGUAAUCAAGGAAGAAGCGGACGAACAGAUGACGUUAACGUCGAUGAAGUCGGAGAAGAGACCUCACGUGCAGAGCAUAUUUUCGCCGGGACCACCACCUCCAAGUGCUCCCGUCGCUGUUCCUGGUAUGGAACACUCACGAAAUGGAGAGAUAUUUUCGUGUAGCGCUCCUGUAACUGGUGGUGUGUUAAGGGGAAGUAACGGGGAGAUUGUCAACGACAGGAGAUACGGGUCUGAUUCAAGAGCACAACGUACUUCACAGUCAGCACGAUCGAGCAUUGCUUACGAACCAGCAGCCAGCUACAUAGACAGUGUUGCGGAUGAUCUUAUAAGCAGCGAUAGUUCAUCCGCUAGCGUUAACUCCGAUGACGAAUUUACAAAAUUGAAGACAGAAAGAGAAAAGCAAAGACGUGAUAAGGUAGAACGAAGAUUGGCUAGGAGCACCAGCGGCCGCAAUAACUUAAUCAGUGGAAAUUCGAAAGGUUCCAUAGACAAUGAACAUCUUCUGUUAUCAGACAUGGCGAAUACUUCGCGUUUGUCUAUGACGCAGGGAGAUGAUAGUAAAACGAUCGAAACCGAUCGUCUUUAGCGGAACUAUUUGUGGCUUUACUUUGAAGUCUAACUUCAAUUGCGCAGGAUAUUAGAGGAGAACUUAAAAAGAAAUAAAUGCACAAAAGAUUUUUACAAUGUUUAAAUAGAGAGACUACCGAUCAGUCGCAUGAUCGGGGAAAGUACAUGAAUUUUGGAAUCACUUUUACGACUAACAAGGUUGAUUCACAUGUUCAAGAUAUAAUUAAAAUAUUAGUGUAUAUACGGAUUUUUUAUUAGGAUGAGAUUGAAGGAGUAGAGAGAAAUAUUUGGUGAUAAACGAUCUACGAGUUUGAUCAUAAUAACUGACCCUAAUCUGAGAAAGUAUAUAGAGGUAAUGGAAACAUUCCCAUCAUGAAAAGGGAAAGCUAUUUUAAAUGAUCAUGUUUACAUAUAUAUAUAAAAUGAACAAAGUUGCUGCGCUUGAAUUGCUAUUGUGAUUUUGUGUAUAUCGUAAACAUAUUCCCAAUUUCGCUGAAGCAAACGAAAGUUCAUGUGCUCUAUUUUUAGCGAUUGGUAUGAAGGAAGACCAAUGCUUUCUAAUAAAUAUUACUUAAAGAUCGUGUAAAAAGAUCCAAAGAUUACAUACGUAAGUGCAAACAUCGAAAGUUAUUACCGCUGUAUUUAAUCAGUGGAUUUGCUACGUGUACCGGUAUACCUCUCACUUCAAAUUUUACGUAUCAAAGUUGACAAUAAUUAUUGAGUCGUUGUCAUCGAUUUAAAGUAUAAUGAUACAAUUUUAUAUAUUUACAUUUAGUAAAUAUUACAACAUGAAUUGUAGCUGCCUCACGUGUAAAGAAGAAAAGGUAUAAAAAAUAGAGUUAAUGAUUUAACUUUCAAUUUGUAAAUUAAGUAGUUAUUAAUGUAAACACCGAGAAAACAGUUUCGAUUCUGUUCUUCUUGUUUUAAAACGUUUCGCAAACUGAUCGCUUGUACAAGAAGUUUCCGACAAAGUUAGAAGGCAUUCGGAACGAAGAAGAACCUUUGUACUCUGCGAAUUUCAAUUAUUACGAAGAUAUUGAAAGUGCCUGUCUUGUGCCUAUUCUUAUACGAUCAAAAAGCGGUAUUUAACACUUGUUUAUCGCUAUAUAGCUUACGGUCCUAUUGCUUUGCAUAAUAUGUGAUCGAUGUUACGCUCAAAGUUAGUGCUUUUGUACAGCAACGUGUUCGAGCACGCACAUUCCAGAAAUCAAAGAAAUUUAAAUUUUAAGAGAGAAAGUCGAUGAAACGAUCGUACGUCCAUAGGAUAAAUUUAAUUUGAUAUUUUUCUUAUGUUCGUACGUACUUAUAAUAUCGCACACAUUUUGAACAUACUAUAUAUACACAUAUGUAUAAAAAAUAGGAAAAAUGAAACUUUCUGUAACUAUCCAUUAGGCGAAAUUUCGAGUCUAGCCAAUAUAGCAAUAAAUUUUGUAUGUAUUUAGAAGAAUUAACAAGAAGUUAAAGUACGAUUUGUGAAUAUCCUGUAUAUCGUGUAAAUAUUUGCGUGUACAAAAGCUUAUACGUAAGUUCACGCUAGAGAAUGUGUCUUUCAUUUUGGAAUUACAUUCCAGAACGCAAAUAAAUCUGAUGGUGCUCAUGGCUAAGCGUUUCGUUCAACAGUAUUACGGUAUCGAAGACGUAUGUUCUUGGAUUCUCACAGAAAGAGUUGAUUUUUUUCUGAAUAAAGAAAAGUAAAUCACAA